AGCGUUUCGCAAACUGCUAGUGCACGAACAAGUCAUGGAAGCAGAGAAACUUGUUGAAUGUGCUAAUCACUCUUGGUAGCUGGUACGAAUAUCAAUACGAUUGAGUUGGCUUGUGAUUCUGUGCGAAAACUUCAAGUAGCCAUUACACAAAAUGAAUAAUGGAAAAGUUCUUAUCUACGGAGGUCGUGGUGCUUUGGGAGCCGCAUGUGUUCAAUAUUUCAAGAACAACAACUGGUGGGUUGGUUGCAUUGACCUCACUGAAAAUGCAAACGCUGAUUUUAACAUCGUUGUAAACCGUGAUGACGAUUGGGUUGCUCAAGAGCAAAACGUGCUGUCAAAAGUGCAAUCGUCACUGAAUGGGGAAAAGUUGGAUGCUGUGAUAUGUGUGGCUGGCGGCUGGGCCGGCGGCAAUGCUAAGAAAGAUCUGGCCAAAAACUCGGAUCUUAUGUGGAAGCAAUCCGUUUGGUCUUCUACUAUUUCUGCUACCGUUGGUGCCAAUCAUCUUAAGGCAGGCGGCCUGCUUGCACUGACAGGAGCAAACCCUGCUCUAUCUGCCACUCCUGGUAUGAUUGGCUAUGGAAUGGCCAAGGCAGCUGUUCACCAACUGACCAAGAGUCUCGCCGGAAAAGAUUCCGGUCUUCCGGAUAACUCGUUGGUGGUGUCCAUUUUGCCGGUAACACUGGAUACUCCGAUGAAUCGCAAAUGGAUGCCAGAUGCAGAUUUUGGAACGUGGACACCGCUGGAGUUUGUUGCCGACCUUUUCCACAAAUGGACCAAAGGUGACGAACGCCCAGUAAAUGGAAGCCUGGUAAAAUUAAUAACUACAAACUCAAAAACGGAACUGGUAAUGGCUGAUUGAAACUGGAUGACCAACGAAACAUUCCGUACUGUGCUCUCUUUUCCUUGCAUCAACGUUGUAAAUUGAUUUAAAAUAAAAAAUGUUGAUUUAAAAAUUA